UUUUUUACACAAAAAAAUGAUAAUAAACGAUUCAAAUCAAAUACAGUGGAGACAUCAUCUGCUGCUGCUGCUGCUGCUGAUAGUCUUAAUACUGAUCUAAUAACACAUGAGGAAAAGAAAUCAACUCCCAUUGUCCAAGAAGAUUUAAACCAAUUGAAAGAACGAUUUGCAGCCAAAUUAAGUUUUCUAGAUAAAAAGCGAACAGAGGCACGUCAACGUGUAGAAGGCUUUGAACCGACUAAUGAAGUCAAGAUGACACCUUUAGAGAAACAAGUUGUAGAAUUAAAAGCAAAAUACCCUGAUUGUCUCUUACUGAUUGAAGUGGGUUAUAAAUUUCGAUUCUUUGGUGAAGAUGCAAAAAUUGCUUCUCGUAUUUUACACAUUGCAAAUUUUAUCGAUAGAAACUUUUAUGUUGCAAGUAUACCAGUUCAUCGAUUAAACUACCAUGUCCAAAAACUUGUGGAUGCAGGUUAUAAAGUUGGUAUUGUUCGACAAACAGAAACAGCUUCUUUAAAAGCGAUUGGAUCUAAUCGUAAUCAACCCUUUCAAAGAGAACUUCAACAAAUGAUUACAAAGGGAACGAUUAUUGAUGAUAUUUUAAUUAAUUCAUCUACAACAGGCCAUCUUUUAUGUUUAAUUGAACAGAAGCGUGGAGGACAUGGAUCAGAUGAGCGUGUCUAUAUUGGACUUAUUUCGAUUCAUCCAGCGACAGGUGAUAUUAUUUAUGAUGCAUUUGAAGACACCUUUAUGCGUACUGAACUAGAGACACGUCUAUUGCAUAUCGAACCCAGUGAAAUCAUAUGUCCUCCAGUUAUGAGUAAAGCUACCGAGAAAAUGUUAAUGCUUAGGUCUUCAUACCAUGUCCGAAUGGAGCGUAUGAAGAACACAUUUUGUAAUGAUUAUAAUGCAGCUCUCACUUAUGUGACUGAUUUUUAUGUUGAGCAACGACAACAACAACAGCAGCAGCAGCAGUCAAUAAAGAUGUCUAAGGUGAUGUCAUUACCUGAUAUUAUAGUUCAAACAUUGGCUUGUUUAAUUCAAUAUUUAGAUGAAUUCAAACUUACCAAUAUCUUGAAGGAAAUCAAGUACUUUCAUCAUUUCGUAACAAAGAAUCAUAUGCUAUUAAAUGGCACAACACUAGUCAAUCUUGAAAUCUAUCGUAACAAUACUGAUUUCACAACCAAAGGAUCUCUAUUUUCAAUCUUGGACCAUACAAAAACCAAAUUUGGUCAGCGAUUAUUAAGAAAAUGGAUUGGUAAACCAUUGAUUGAUAUCAAUAAAAUCAAUGAACGAGUUUAUGCGAUUGAAGAACUGAAAACAACAAGUAACCCAAAAAAGGGACUUUUAUUAUCUUUGUUGAAGCAAAUACCAGAUAUUGAAAAAGGUAUCUGUAGAAUUCAUUACGGAAAGACAAGCCCCAAGGAAUUACUACAGAUACUGGAGGCUUUCAACAAGAUAUCAUCUACCUUUGUUCCAUUAUAUGAAUCCAGGUUUGAAUCUGAUUUGCUAAACACAUUAUUUGAUACCUUACCUAUAAUACAUGACGAUAUCGUUUCGUUUAAAUCAGCUAUUUAUACUACUACGACUAAAGUGACAGAAUUUUUCAAAUCUGAUGAGAAAUGGCCUGAAAUUCAACGAGAAAAAAAGAAUAUCAACUAUGUUCAAUGUCUUUUAGAGGAGCAUUUAGAAAAAGUUCAAAAGGAAACACAACUUGGACAUCUAGGAGUAAAAUAUGUGACAGUAGCAGGACAGGAUUAUUUACUAGAAGUAGCUAAUACAAAAUUACGAUACGUUCCUCAAGAUUGGAUUAAGAUAAGUGGCACAAAGGCUGUAAGCCGAUUUCAAGACAAGUAUAUUAUUGAGCAGUUGAGAGAAAAAGAACGACAUGAAGAUUUAUUAAUUAUGUAUGCAGAAAAGGCUUAUAAAGAAUUUUUAAUGGAAAUUUCAGAAAAAUAUGAAAAACUUCGAGAUAUUGUUUCUUGUUUAGCUCAGCUCGAUUGUCUAUUAUCUUUAACAGUGACAGCCAGUCAGCCCAACUAUGUAAAACCUAUCUUUGACGAAAGAGUUAGAAUAGAUGUAGUAGAAGGACGACAUCCGAUGGCUGAGAAACAAAAUCAAACAAGUUCUUAUAUUGCGAAUGAUAUUCAUUUUAAUGAACCACAAACGACUAUGGUUCUGACAGGUCCUAAUAUGGGAGGUAAAAGUUCUUAUAUUCGACAAAUUGCCUUGAUCGUGCUUAUGGCACAAUUAGGGUCGUAUGUACCUGCUCAAUCGGCUAGGAUGGGUCUCUUUGAUGCCAUCUAUACGCGUAUGGGGGCAACUGACCAAAUGAUGCGAGGGCAAAGUACCUUUAUGGUUGAGAUGCAAGAAACUUCUGAAAUUAUGAAAUUGGCGACAUCUCGAUCCUUGGUUAUCUUGGAUGAAUUAGGAAGAGGUACAAGCACACAUGAUGGUCAAGCGAUUGCUCAUGCUGUCCUCGAUCAUUUUGUGAAAGAAAUAAGAUGUGUCACGUUAUUUGUGACACAUUAUCCCUCCCUGGGGAAACUCUUUGGUGAUGAAUUUCCUAACCAAGUAAGAAACUGUUAUAUGGAUUAUAUUGAAGAACAAAAUCAGGAAGCAGGUAUAUCAAAUAUUGUAUUUUUGUAUAAGCUAGCAAAUGGUAUUGCUAUGAGUAGUUAUGGUAUGAAUGUAGCAAGAUUAGCAGGUAUACCUUUACCUAUUAUCAAACGAGCUAAAGAAAUAGCAGAAAAAAAGAAAAGACAAAUGGAAGGAUAAAGAUAUAUGUAAAGUCACUGUUUGUUUUUGUCUAAAUAUCUGUAUAAAAGAGAGAGAGAGAGAGAGAAACAACCUAUGUCUAUUUUACGCAUUUGAUUUAAUAUAUACAUAAAUUUUCUGAUUUUCGAAAAAAAAAA